AACCAAUCGAACAAAAAAAAAAGCUAUAAAAACGACUUGCGUCUUUUUUCUUGUUGCGCACGUUUCCAAAAACCAAAUCUUCUCUACUAGCUAAGAUGCCCGACUCUUAUACUUUUAAAGAGGAGGUGUCCGAGAAGGUCUCGUACACCGAUGAGAAAACCACAGGUGACAUCUCUAAGGAAGAGCAAGGGAUUGGCCACAAGCUAGUUGUUGGUCAAGUCGAUCCUCAUACCGCUGAUAAGCUUACAACGGAAGUCCACGAUGCACAGCUGUCCGCCGGUGUCGCCAAAGUCGAAGCUGCUCAAGCUGUCUGGGGCAGAAAGGGUUACCUCGCCUUGCUCGGUGGUGUGUUCCUCGUUUAUUUCAUUUACUCCCUUGAUGGUGUAACUACUUUCCAGUACUUGGCAAUUGCAACCUCGUCUUUUGGUCAGCAUUCUAUGUUGGGAACUGUACAAACUGCAAGCGGCAUUAUCAUCUCUAUCGGCAAACCAUUCUACGCUAAACUCUCGGAUUAUCUCGGUCGUGCAGAAAUUUAUAUAAUUACAUGUAUUAUGUACAUUAUUGGCUACAUUCUUUAUGCUUCGUCACAAAAUGUCGGAGCUAUCGCUGGUGGUCAGGUCAUGUAUUCCUUUGGCUAUACUGGUUUGCAGAUGGUCACCUCUGUUGUUCUGGCUGAUGUAACCACUCUGAAGUACCGUGCCUUCGCUGCCGGUGUUAUGAACUUGCCUUGGGUCCUCAACACAUUCAUCGGCGGCUUUAUCUACCAAGGCAUUCUCGACGCAAACCAGUGGCGAUGGGGCUAUGGUAUGUUUAUUAUCAUGUUCCCUGUCUGCUUGGCUCCAGUUGUCGCAUCGCUACUUUGGGGUCAGUGGAAGGCCAAGAAGGAGGGUAUCUUGGAGAUUAUUCCAAACCCUGACAAGGAUUUCUUCAGAAACCCUAUCAAAGCAACAAUCACCGCCAACAAAGAAAUGGAUUUCCCUGGCUUGAUUUUUGUUGGUUUAGCCCUCGCACUUAUUCUUCUUCCAUUUACUCUUGCUCCUGCAGCCGUCAACGGCUGGCAAACACCCUCAUUCAUUGCCAUGAUAACCGUUGGUGGUGUGAUCCUGUUCAUCUUUGCCGGCUGGGAACUUUAUUUCGCAGAGAGAUUUGGCUACGUUCCCAUCGCUCCUCUCCGCUUUUUCAAGAACGGUAACAUUGCCGGUUCCAUCCUUGUCAACUUCCUCGACUUUGUUUCAUUCUACCUCCAAUACACAUAUCAAUCCUCGUUCGUUAUGGUGACCAAGACAGAGUGGUCCUGGUACGAAAUGUUCUUGUUCAAUAACGUCCAAACCAUUGGUUUGUGCUCCGCUGGUAUCAUCUCCGGUACUAUUCUGUUGUACUGGAAGCGACCCAAGUUCCUGAUGAUUGCUGGUCUUUUGGUCCGUUUGCUUGGUGCUGGCCUCAUGAUUCACGCACGUGGUGCCCUCGGUCCGGACGUUGAACUUGUCUGGUGCCAGCUUUUGCAAGGUCUUGGUGGCGGUUUUGCUUCCACGAUUUCCAGUGUCAUGGCGCAAGCCAUGGUGCCCCAUACUGAUAUGGCUGUCGUCACUGCAUUGGUGCUUUUGUUCGCUGAAGUCGGUAACUCUAUUGGCUCCGCUAUCGCCACGGCUGUGUGGGGCACCCAAAUGCCCCAUCAGCUCUCAGUUCAUGUGCCUGGCAACAACGCUACACUUAACGCUGAGCUCUUUGGCGCCAUUACCAAGAUCAUGGACUAUCCUGCAGACGAUCCAAUCCGCAUUGGUGCCAUUACAGCUUACGGAGAGGUCAUGAAGAACCUCUGUAUCGGUGCUACCAUUGUCGCCAUCUUCCCACCUAUCGUCGCCUAUUUCUUCCUCACUGAUAUCAAGUUGGACGACAAGCACAAUCAAUUUGAUAACCGUGAUCUUGCUGGUCGCAAGACAGAAGAAACCGUUAAGAAGGAGCAAGAAGAGAAGGCUGGUGUUACUUCUACUUAAAUAUUACUCCUUUCCUCGUUUACCAAACUGUCUCCUCUCCAUGCAUUCUACAUAUUCGAAAAAGUUUAAUACUCAUAAUCAUCUAAAUAUCUCUUAUUUAAUUAUAAUAUACUUUAUUGGGCCAACUUACUGGCUGUGCCUGUACUAUUGUCCUCUUAUUUAUCAUGAUGGCCCCAACUGUAAACUUCUGCUACUAUCUACAUUAUAAGAUACCAUCUGCUUUUUCAUUAUAUAUAAAACUUUCCCUCGAUUAUCCUCUUCUGCAUACAUCCUUACGACGUUUGUUG